AUGCGGUUCUUUUCCUUCCCUAAAGAGCCAGCACCUCCGUUUCGCAAGGUGGACAUCGCCCUGGGCUGCUCCUACGUGGGGGAAGAUGCCAGAGGGUCUCUGCGUGCCUUCAGCAGCUUGUCAUCCCAGCAUCCUGCUACCCUCGUGUUGAGGGACAUCAGCGUCAGGAACGACGGGAACUUGGGGGAUGAAGCUGAGUACAAAAUUCCACAGGCAAAUCCUGACUUCUCUUUUCCUAUUGUCUUUGAAGCCUCAGCCCCAUCCGUCUCUGUCCCCCACGCAGAGUCCCUGCUGCACGCAGACUGUGGUGGGGAGGAGGUGAGCUGCGAGAUCUCCCCAUACAGCUUCCAGCAGGCUGGUGAGAGGCCCUGCCGUCUUUCCUGGUUCAUGGCCACCCUGCAGCUCUCCAGUGGGAUCAGUAUCACCCUGGUGCUCAGAGGCCCCCACUGCAUCAGCCAAGAGCAGGAGAAGGAGCACAAUGCAACACUGCACCCAAAGCUGAGGAUUCCUAUGAGUAAAGAGGGGACAGUGCUGACCACAGUUGAAUUUCAAUCAUCAUCACACAAUACUUCCUUGCGUGUGCGUCUUGGCAGCUCAGUCACCCUUGAUUGUCACUUUGCCUUGGCUCCCAGCUCUUGGUUCUUCUCCCUGGAGUGGAGGAGGCAGCAUCGAGGCAGCGGCCGUAGCCUUUUUCAGUACCAGGUGGGGAGCACAAGCCCAGCAGCACAGCCAAAAGUCCAUGUGGAUGUGGUGGAGCUGCUGAGGAGCGGAGAUGCAUCACUUAACCUGCAAGAAGUCAGCGUAGGGGAUGAAGGGACAUAUAUCUGUUUGUUGUCUACCUCACUGCACCAGGCCCAGCACAUCAUCCAGCUGCAAGUGGCAGAGCCUCCAAGAGUUCAUGUGGUUCCAGCAGUGGUGACAUUCGAGAGGGGUGUGACAACUACUCUCACCUGCAACAUUGCUGGCUAUUACCCCCUGGACAUCUCAGUGAGCUGGACACAGAAGACUCCUAAGGGUGAAGUGGAAAUCUCUCUCUCAAACACACGUUUCUCCAGCCACCGGCAAAGCCGAGAUGGCACCUACAGCAUCACCUCCUACCUCAGCAUCAGCUCAGCCACAGUGCAGGCACCAGCCACCUACAGCUGCCGUGUGUCACACAUGGCCCUGGCAGAGCCCAUCUCUGUGAGUGCCCAUCUUAAGGCACCAGAGCAAACAGGAUCAGAAGGACUAUUGGGGGCUUUCAUUGCUACCGUCAUGUUCAUCGUUGUCCUCUUCAUUGUGCUCAGGAGAAGAGCAGCUAAACCGGACUCUGAGCAGCUUCUAAAGGCUUCAGAAUAG